AUCCACUUUGCGUACAACGGCGUCUUCGGUGGUGGCGGCUUUCUGGGUCAGCUUAGGUGCUUUGGUUAUUGUUGUGCCAUUUUGCCGUGAUUUUACAGGGUUUCGGAGGGUUUCACGUUACUUUUCGUGCUGCCUUUGCGUCCCAAAACGACAUUUCCAGUGCGAAUUUGCGAUCGGCGGCCCCGAACAAGCACACAGAGAUGGAAAAGGCCCAGGAUGAAGCGAGGCCUGAGGACGCUGCGGCUUCGAAUUCUUUAGAAGCUACCAAGGACAGUGGUGCUGCGGCCACGGCUGAUAACGUUGACACAAAUGACAAAAAGAAAUCCAAAUGGCCCAAGGUCAAAAAGCGAAAGAAGGCUGCACGAGAUGUGAAUGCUCCAGAGAAGCCGCUCACAGGAUAUGUUCGCUUCUUGAAUGAUAGACGUGAAAGAGUGAGGGCAGACAACCCAACUGCUAAUUUCCCGGAUAUCACCAAGAUUUUGGCAAAUGAAUGGAGCAAGCUGGAACCAACGGACAAGCAGAAAUACCUGGAUGAAGCGGAAAAAGACAGAGAGCGAUACACUAAAGAAAUGGAGCAGUAUCAGCAAACGGAAGCCUAUAAGCUUUUCACAAAAAAGAAGCACGAGAAGAAAACAAAAGGAGUGGAGGAAACAGCUGCAAAUGGACCAGCUGCUGAAGCAGCGAGUGAAGACAGCCGGAAGGACGACGGCCUUGGCUUUGACAUUCCAAUAUUCACGGAGGAGUUUCUGGAUCACAACAAAGUCUGUGAGGCAGAGCUAAGACAACUGCGCAAGUCAAACACAGAGUACGAGGAGCAGAAUGCCAUCCUCAGCAAGCACAUUGAUACCAUGAAGGCAGCCAUAGAGAAGCUCGAGGUGGAAACCGUGCAGCAAAAGAACAACAAUCUGGCCUUGCAGCAGCACCUCACCGGCUUGAGAUCUACCCUUACCACAAGCUUCUGCAACCUGCCACUGCCAGGUACGGGUGAAACACCCAGCUUGGAAAACAUUGACAGCUACAUGGCCAAACUUCAUGGCAUCAUCUUGGAUAAUCCUCAGGAAAAUGAAGCACUCAUCUCUUCAGUUCGAGAGAUUGCCAGCCGUUUAGAAUAUCAAGGGUGAAUUCCCUGGGAUUUGAUAUACAUAUUGGCCUUUUCAUAGUGCCAGAAAUUACUUCAUGUGAGCAUUGCCAGUUUUCAAUUAAUGUGGGAAUUGAUUGCUGUGGCAACCACCGACACAUACAUCAUCUCUGGAAAUUGCAAGAACAAUCUCACUAUGCUGCUGUAUUUUCAAAUAUUAAUCACCAUUCAUCGAAAAUGAAAUCAAAGGUUUUUGUCUCAGUACACGGUUGUGUGACAGUGAAACAAAUAAAUGUCACUUGGAAAUGCCUA